GAAGUUCGUCGUGGCCUGCUCAGUUUCGGCUUAUGUUUCGCGCGGUUCACACCGGUGUACGGGUGACGUUCGCUGCUCUCGCUCUCGCUGUGUGUGCGGCACCACCACUGUUCACUGACGACGACGGCACGGACCGUGUGCGUGUGUUUCUCAAAUGCUUUUUGGGGUCCCGUAAAAGUGGCCCGUGCCUUCUCCGUUGUUGGGCCAGUGAAGGAAAGUGAAAAAAACGUGUGCUGAUCGUGAAAAAACGGUGCGUAAUUGAGGUGUUUUUAAGGGGAAUUGUACAAGGAAUUAGAACAAACGUGUCCUUUCCUUCGAUUAGCAGCUCGUGUGGAACAAAAUUCCAGCCCACCAGUACCAGCAGUGUAGUGUGUUGAAUGUUGGGAAUACAAUACUGAAUAGUGUGCUACUGAAUGGUUUGGGUGUGUGUUUUGUGACAACCCCUCCCCUUUCUGCCCAGUGGUGAGUGAGGAGGAUGGGAGGCAUGUGAAUGUAAGCUGGCUUUAAGUGUUGUGCAUACAGUGAAAUGAUUUAAUUAGAAUAAAAUAAAAAAUAGAAAAGUAAAUAAAUAUCGAAAAAUCAUCAAUAAUAAGAAAGAUUCAAAGCAGUGAAAGAUAUUUGGAAAAGAGUGUAAUAUAGUGGCAAAGUGGUGAAUUUUUCAAAUCUAAUUCCCAGCAAAAUCUGUAUAUUUGCUUCAUUAUACAAAAAUACUAAGUGCAUGUGAAUGAUUAAAUAAAAUCAAUUCGUGUGUUAUGAGUGUGCAAAAAUUACAAAAAAAUUAUUGAAAAGCUUAAAACAACCUGAAACGUGAAAAAAGUGCACAGCAAAAAGUGUAGCUGUGUCUCGUUGCUGUAGUGGGAAUUAUUAAACAAUUCAUCAUACAAAAAAUAGCAUAACCAUCUGUCAGCCAGCAUCAACCAUUCGCAUCCAACGUUAAGAAAUGACUAGUUCCGGUAUCAUCGUCCCGAAACUGAGCUCUUCAUACGCAUCCACCGGCUAGAAAGAGCGCGGAAGGACCACUGCCUGCCUACCCGCCUGAACGUAAUUGAUCGCUUCGGACAUCGUCAUAUUCAGUCGUUUCCUCUGCCCCGUGCAUUCAGUGCACGACCGGAAGUAGAUAUAGUGUGUGAGUGUGCGUGUGUGAUUAGAUGGCAGUGUAAGUGCAUGGUAUUGUGUCUAUCAUCGGCAUCGAUUCAGCUCCAUCACGAGCGGAGUGAAUCCGAUUCGAAAGAAACGGUGAAACGAGAGUGCAAAGCAACGUAGCCCCAAAAAAAACGAGCGCGUGUGAUUUCAGGAGGAGCAUCCAUUCCCCUUGGCCACCCGGGCAACGGUUCGGUCUGUGUUUUUUUUCACGACUUUUGAAUGCGAACAUGGCAGCGGUACGGUCGCCGGAAGUGCUGGUAAAUGCCUGCACGACGUGGUGGACACGGUUCGCGCUGGUGCUGCUGCUAAUGCAGCAAACAUUGCACGGCGUCCACACGCUCGAUCUAGAGAAAUGCAAAAACCCAUUAGGCAUGGAAUCGUUCGCGAUUAAUGACUCACAAAUAACGGCCAGCUCGGCGCACGACAUCGGCAACGUAGGACCACAGCAUGCCAGAUUAAAAGUGGACAACAAUGGAGGCGCCUGGUGCCCAAAGCACAUGGUGUCCCGCGGCCUGAAGGAGUAUCUGCAGAUUGAUCUGCUGAAAAUGCACGUCAUCACGGCGAUCAAAACGCAGGGCCGGUUCGGGAAGGGUCAGGGCCGGGAGUACACGGAAGCGUACGCGCUCGAGUACUGGCGACCGGGCUUCACCAAGUGGAAGCGGUGGAAAAACACGCGCGACAAUGAGAUCCUUUCAGGCAACAUCAACACCUACAGCGAGGUCGAGCAGGCGCUGCAACCAAUUAUAUUCGCCUCGAAAAUUCGCAUCUACCCGUACAGCCAGUACGAUCGGACGGUUUGCCUGCGCGCCGAAAUCAUCGGAUGCGAGUGGGAAGAGGGUCUCAUCUCGUACAGCAUCCCGAAAGGUGUCAUUCGAGGCGUGGAGGUGGACCUCUCCGACCGCACGUACGACGGCGAGGGCGAAGGCGAUCGGCUUGUCCACGGGCUCGGCCAGCUGGUGGACGGUCAGAAAGGUGCGGACAACUUUCGCAUCGAUAUCCACGGCUUCGGUAAAGGAUACGACUGGGUCGGUUGGCGUAAUGAUUCACUCGGCUGGGCCGGCAAACCGGUCGAGAUGGUGUUCGAGUUUGACUCGGUCCGUAACUUUAGCUCCAUGGUGCUGCACACCAACAACAUGUUCAGCAAGGAUGUACAGGUUUUUGUGCACGCGAAAGUGUUCUUCAGCAUCGGUGGACAGCACUUUACCGGUGAGCCGGUCCAGUUUUCCUACAUGCCGGACACGGUCAUGGAAAAUGCACGUGACGUCACGAUCAAGCUACACCACCGGGUAGGUCGGUACGUGCAGAUCCAUCUCUACUUCGCGCUGCGCUGGAUCAUGCUGAGUGAAAUAUCGUUCAACUCUGCACCAGUGACGGGCAAUUUCUCCGACGAAGAAGUCAACGGGAACUCGAUCUCGCAGGAAAACUCCAUCGAGUAUCCGCUGCAGCGCGACGAAUCCGGCAUAAACAUCGUCAACAAGGGCGAACGGAACCACGUAACGCAAAUUAUCUCACCGAAACCGAUCGAUCAGGAACCGGAGCCACACUUUGUCGGUGUGGUGAUAGCGGCCCUGACCACCAUCAUCCUGCUGCUGAUCGUCAUCAUCAUGUUCAUCGUGGCGAAGAACAAGCGCACCCGGACCGCGGCCGUGCUCGACGCGCUGCAGCACAAUUUGCAUACGGACAGUUUGGGCAUCGAUAAGCGUCUGAACAGCAAUUUUAAGGUAUCGAUAGACGAUAAUGAAUCGAUUGAUAAGAGCAGCCUCUAUCACGAACCGUUCAAUGUAAAUAUGUACACCAGUGCCGCCAGCGGAUGCUCGAUGAGCGACAUGCAGCGCCAUCACAUCACACCGGACUAUACAGACGUACCCGACAUCGUGUGCCAGGAGUAUGCCGUGCCGCACAUGCAGGACCUCAUACCGAAGAUACCCGGCGGGUACGUGAGCGUACGGCUGACGCCACCGACGCUGAACAACAUCUUCCCGAAGCCGCCGCCCGUGCCACCCCCGCCCGAGAAGUACUACGCCGCGACGGCCAUCUGCAAAUCGUCCACCACCCCAACGACACCGUCAAACCAGCAGCAGCAGCAGCAGCAGCAACUGAACGCCUACAGCGACCUCGAUCUUGGCGUGUCCGAUGACGAUCUGCAGCUGAGCGAGUACCCGCGCGACAAGCUGGUGAUAGUGGAGAAGCUCGGCUGCGGUGCGUUCGGCGAGCUGCACCUGUGCGAAACGAAAGGAUACAGCACGAAUCUGGUGGCCGUCUCGACGCUGCGGCCAGGUGCAUCCGAUCACAUGAAGAAGGAGUUCCGCUCGAAGGCGAAGCAGCUCAGCCGACUGAACGAUCCGAACAUUGUGAAGCUGCUCGGGGCCUGCCUGAAGGACGAACCGAUCUGCAUCGUGCUCGACUACAAGUUCAGCACCGAUCUGAACCAGUUCCUGCAGGAGCACACGGCGGAAACGGGCUCGCUGGUGCAGCACAAUUCCUUGAGCUACGGGUGUUUAAUUUACAUUGCCACUCAGAUAGCCUCCGGAAUGAAAUACCUAGAACAGAUGAAUGUAGUGCACCGUGACUUAGCAACAAGGAGUUGCUUAGUUGGACCACAGCUGGAGAUCAAAAUCUGCACACUAGGAACUGUGAUAAAUCGCAUAGCAUAUCCUGCUGACUACUGCCACCUCGAAGGUGCCGGAAGACAAUCACAACCAAUGCCGAUCCGGUGGAUGGCCUGGGAAAGCGUACUGAUGGGCAAGUUCACCUCCAAGUCGGACGUUUGGUCGUUCGCCGUAACGCUGUGGGAAAUUUUGACCUUCGCCCGGGAGCAACCGUUCGAGAAUCUGAGCGACGACAAGGUGAUCGAGAACAUCGGUCACAUGUACCAGGACAACAAGAAACACAUUCUGCUUCCAAUUCCUGUCGGCUGCCCGCGAGAAAUCUUCGAUCUGAUGUGCGAAUGCUGGCAGCGUAACGAGGCGAGCCGGCCAAACUUCCGCGAAAUUCAUCUGUUCCUGCAGCGGAAAAAUCUAGGGUACAAACCGAAUGCUUCUCUUUAAACUCAGCCCCUUUAUGUUAAACCUCCCGAACAAACACUUUCUCAUACGAAGAUCGAUAUGAAAUGAACAGAACAACAACCACAAUACACUCAACAACGCAACAACAAUGAACAAAACCUACAACGAAUAACGUUAACACACCUCGCACGUAUCCCGUUUUGUUAGUUUGACGUAAAACAAUUAGAACAAGACAAAGCAACUAGUGAAAACAGAAAUGAAUGAACUAACGAACCGACCACCGUACGAGAAUGUUUAAAAACAAGUGAUAAAAAAAACAACAACAAAAACGAAACCGCCAACACACAGAAGAGAAACGAACGAUGGAAGUUGCACAAAGCAUGGAGCUUGAUUGUUUUGUUUUUUUGUUACCUUUCGUUUUGCAUUCCCACCAAAUUGACGCAUGUGCGUUUUUGGUCCCCAUUUUGCAUAGCUGAAACUUCACUUCGUUAGUGUAUUAUGUUAUUACUUUCACUUUUCUAUCAUUUAAUUUAGUUGUGCACCUCUUUCAAAAGUGUUCUUCGUUCCUACACUACAUUUUUUCAUCACCUUAAUUCGUUCGUGUGUUUGUUUUACCAUUUUUGUCUAUCGAGUGUUUGUCUGUGUGUGUGUGUGUGUGUGUUGAUUUUGGCACCAUUUUUUCUUUUGUUGUAUUGAAUAGUGAUGGGUGUUAUUCUACAUUCUUUCUUUUUCUUUUUUACAGUGUUUCCAAUCUUUUAUUUCAUCGGAAACACAUUCAAUUAGUAUUUUCAUAAUUGUUUUUGUUUUGUUUUCCCAUUGUUUCCUCGCUUUUUUUUGUACAAUAUUUUACACCUUUUUUUCCUAUUUGUUUAUUUGUUUGCUUUGGACUGUUUCAUUGCUGUUUGUUCAGUGCAUUUGAGGUAACACAAAACAAGCACUUUAUAAUACAUCUCCCGAAACACUUUGAUAAUUAAAAAGAGAAUCAAUCAGCCGUCAUUUCUAUUGCUAACAUACUUUCUCUCUUCUCUUUCUCUCUUCCCUUUCAUUUGCAGUGAGUAUUUUCACCACCUGUAAAAUUGGAUUUUGAAACAAAAAAAUGCGAUCGAGCAAUCGAAAGUAAAACAAUGCUCUUUUUUUCUAUUCCUUUCGUGAUGAACACGAAAUGACACUACCCCCUCGACUCACUGCACCAUACCAUACAUUGCACCUUCCAAACCCCAAAACACACAAACAAUUCCAUAAAAUCCACGCAGCCCAACCGCACACCGUUCUAGCUGAUCCAGUCCGGCUGAUGACGGCUAAGCGAACGAAAACGCUGACCCGAAAUUAGUGCAACCGGUUCGGAAUAAAGCCCCAGCUGUUUGAGUGAAAGUCUUUCAAAAUCUUUAACCCCCGUUCCCCGGGGCCGGCAAGCAAGGGGCCAGCUACCUGGUGCAACAAAGUCGCGAUGCUCACACAGACACACGGUGUAACAACACACACAAGACACAAACACACACACGAACGGAUUCAAACGACGAAGAAAUGUGAUUUUGAUACGACCCCGCGUGGCCAGUGUGUGGGCCAGAGGAAGCAAAAGCAUACGGUAAACGAUGGAUGGCUCAACACUAGUGAUAAUCUGCUGUAGUAGUGUUGUGUGCUUUAGGCUGAAAUCACAUCGAGCAUAAUAAUAAUGUCGAACAGGGAAACAAAUCAUAUCGAACGCAACGCGCGGCACACUCGAACUCGAAGAAGCGUGCAAGUGGUGGACGUAGCAAGGUGGUAGUAGCAAACGCGGGAACAUUGUGAAUAUGUUUUAAGGGUGCCAGGAGGAACAACUAUCGAUCCCACCUAAAACGUAAAUUUGAAAUUGGGAGCACACGAAAUUCGCACGACAAAAACGUGGACGAUUCCCCUCGGCUGAUCAAUCCUACAUCCUGCUGAAGGUAUGUGCGUUUAGUACAUUCGUUUCUAUAAAUCGCAUAAGAAAUUGCAAACGAACUGGAUUAUUCGGUAUUAUUCAUUACUUUAUCCGUUACUUUAUUGAACAAGUUUUAGUUUAAAACUCGAAACAUACACAACACGAUUAGAGAAAUGCUGCGCAGGCAGCAUAAUUGCUUUCACUAGUUCCGGAACGGAAAAGGAGAAAAACCAAAUGAAACAAAUGCCAUGUGUAAUAAUGAAGUGAAUUGAAACUCAUAAAAACACACACACCCAGAGAUACAUCUACACAUUCAUGUAGAGUAGGUAUUAUGAGUAAGAACACACACACACACACACACUAACGAAAUGUAAGUAGCACUGUAAAGAAACAUUAUUCCUUGUGUAUAUUGAAGAGCGAAUAGGAAUUGAGAGGAGACGCCGCGGAGAGACGCCCGUGACAGGAAAACCUUCUACUGUGUUCCUUUAAACUGUUUUUAUUUUUUGUUCUGCAUUUCUUCUUAUGUUUCCAAGAUGUUUCCAAAUGUAUUGUUUAUCUAUACAUUCACAAACACAAGUACAUAAACAUACACAUUCAAUCGCAAGGACAACAGUUUGCCCCUAAAGUUAGGCCGUGUCUUUGUAACGCCAACAUGAAAUGCCCCUAAAGGUAGGCAAUGCCGUAUUGUAAUUUCUUUUAAAUCUUUUCCGCAAAAUUUGUAUCAUCUCUUGGUUGUUUUUCCCCUUUUACAAUGUACAAUCAAGCCCAGUUUACUAUUUGUUUAAAAAAACAAAACUAAAUACAAGCAAAAUUAGUCACAAAUUGAUAGCGAGUUUAAAGUAUUCUGUCUCAUCAUUCGAAUCAUUUCAUCGGAUAGGAGCAAAAGGAAGGCCAGAAGUCAUUUGAAUUAAAUCAUUAUUUAACGAAAUCAUUAAGUAAGGUCAACGCUGUAGGUUAAUGGAUCGAACGCGAUUACUAAAACCCCAUAAGGAACACUUUUCUCUUUUUCUCUUAUUAUUAUUAUUAUACAAGUGAAAAGGAAAGGCAAAAACUAAAGUCUCGUAAAAUAAAGGGAGAACAAAUUUGCAUACAAAUAAACACAUAAAACACAAAACUCCGUUAAAAAAUUGUUUGUUUUUUUAUGCCGAAAUCUGUUGUUUUGUUCGCUUUAGUUUCGUUUUUCUUCUUAUGUUUUCAAAUUUUGCUAUUUUUUGUUAGAUUUACUGUUUUAUUUCAUUUAUUUGUAUUAUUUAUUCAUUUUGUUUGUAUUUCGUGAUACGUAAGUAUAACAUGUUUUACUUUAUUUUCUUUCGUUCUUGUCUUCUCUAUCAAGCAUGCUUUAAGAAACGGUUGAAUGACAUUAGGCAAACAUUAUUAAAGCAUUAGCAUUAGAUGUGAAAGAAACCAAAACAAGCAACAACAACACACAAAAAACCCACAAAACAUUGGAGUGAGUACGCAGGUGAGAAAGUAACCUAUCGAACUACGAUCGCACCUACGAUUAUAUGUAUAAGUGAACCUUGUCUUCCCGCUGAACAAAAAAAAAACAAUGUAACAAUGUAAAAACAGAUUUAAAACAAAGCAAAGCAAACAGAUUAGAUCGCUUAACCAAUCCGAAUGUAGUGUAGAGAGUUUUGUUUGUAACAUUUUGCAUUAGACAAAAAAGCAAAAAAUUUAAGGAGAAAACAAAUAAACGAAUGUACAUUGGUUAGCAAUUGGCAGCUUUUACAAAUAACUUUUUAGCCUUUCUGUUCUAUUUCUAGACGGUUUGUUCAAGCGAAACGAGUUAAAAAUUCUACUACCAACUAUUCACUAUCAUGUUUGAAUCACAUUUCCUCCAACAAUUUCACGCAAAAACUAAACAAAACAAAACGGUGCUAUCUUCUGUUUCUAUUUCUUCGUGGCGACACUUUCGUGACAAUAAGUAUAACAUACGAUACGAAUGAAUUGCCGUGAGAGAUCCGCACUCACGGUGCUAGAUCCAUUAUUAGCCGGACCCGGAAACAGCAGGGACAACAGAACAAGUAAAGUAAAAAACAGAGUAUUUGAAAGUGGCAAACACAAAACGGAAAAUGAAAGCAGAUGGAAUACCGCUAGGAAACAGAAAGUAAACUAUUAAAAAGUCUAUAUUUUUCUUAUGACUACUCUAUCAAGAUUUCAUUCUAAGAGAAGCACAAUGAACUGAAACGGUGAAAGGAAAAAAAGAAGGAGCGAAAAGCGAAAAAUGAAUGUUUAUACUUUGAAGUUGCAUACUUGAAGUGAGACCUGUCCCAUACAAUCGAAGCACACGAGUAUCUCUCGACCUUUAAGCACUGUCUUCUCACAACAAAUUGUGUAUAUUUUUGCCUACCCUUGCGAUGAAAACCCGUGCUCUACUAAGUCCGUAGCAGUAAUGGACGUGUUAAUCAGCUUUAAGAUUGGUGGAAUAGAAAAUGCAAGGUCAGUAGUAGAAAGUAUGUAAUUGGUUGGUAGUGAGGAAGUAUUGGACUGUUCUUACUUUGUAAUAAUCUUAUAGUUUACAACACUUUUAAGCCUUCUUUUGAUUAAACCGCUAAUGUACGAUCAAGCCAAAAGAGUUACGCAAAGAAGAAAAAAUCCAAUAUAUGCUCUUUCCUUCCACUCAAAUAUUCAACAAGAGCUGGAAAAGCCAAAUUAUGAUUUUCUUUUACCGUUUAUGAUUUUUCGCGCAUGAUAGAAAGCCCUUUGUGGUCGAACAAUAUUGUUUGCUCAUCGAAGAGGAACUAAUAAUGUAUGGGCGCAACAGUAUGAGCUACUUCCAUGUGAGCAUGUGAGCCUAAAGUUGGGCGGGAUACAUCAUCCUUCCUGGUAUGUGCGCACUGUACACCGAGUAAAAAAAAGCAUCCUACACCUCUUAGCUUUGCUCGAUUCACGCCACUACUUCAGCUCAAAACGGUCCAGUAGUGUGGUGGAAAUUUGAUCUGCAUUUUUUGGUUUUUCCAUUUCAUCGGAAAAAUAUUCACCGAAACGUUUGCCUCAUGCAUGAGCAAGUAGCGCUAAGGGGCCUCGAAACUGCUAGGCCGGUAUGCCCUUCAAGCUCGGACAUUUGAGAAGCAGGAAAGAAUAAUAAUAGCCCUACACAAACAGCACUUUAGUGGUUGCAUUUUUUAAUAUUUCCAUUUUUUUUUUUUGGAAAUUUCAUACCAUUUUUCAAUCCUUCAACAAACGUUGGUUCCACCAGCGCCAGCCAGCCACGCCUAGUAUCGGUGCACCGGUAUGAUUUGCAUUGAUUUUGAGAUUGUUUUUGGUGCUUUCCCACGAUCAUGCCCGAUUUGGCAUUACGCUUAACGGUUCAAUGGACGGCGCGCAUAAGGCAAACAUGGUGCGAUACAGCGAUACAACCCUUGAAACGGUGGUCCGGCGUGGGCAACCUUGGAAACACAUAACAACCAAACUAAGCUCGGAAAGACGGAAAAAUAAUUCCUCCCUUUAUGCUAAACCCGAACGCAGCGGACGCCAGCACAGAAAUACUGAUGAGAUAUUGUUGAGCUGGAGCAGCAUGCAACGUGCAAGACGUGCCUCGCCCGACCAACUUUUGAAGGAAAGCAAAGAAGCGAUUCCAAUUGCAAAAGAAACGCAAUCCCUUCUGUUAGUUCAGUGCUGCAGUGCGCCGGUCCCCUCGCUGUGUCGGGGUGUAGCAGUUGCUCCAGAUCGUUCGUGAUACAUUUUAUACAUACCCGUCCGAGCGAUCCCGUUUUUCGCUGGAACCAUUCGCCUAUCCAUCAUUGUGACUGUGGCCACGCUCCACCGACGGCGGAGUAGCAUAAAUGCGGAAUUAUAAAAUAAACUUUUUAAUUAAUGGCAUCAGGCACCCGUGGCAAUUCAAUGAUGGAGCACGCGAACUACCCGCUCCUUUCCCGUCGCACCAUCCACUUUGCUAUUUUUCGUUAAAGUUUUCACUUGCUGCGUGCGUCCCAGCCCCCGGGCCCGUCCACAAAUGCUGUUGCAUCAAUUUAGCUUGUUAUUGAAAAGUCCUCGCAGUGAGUUGUUUUGCCCCGAAGCAAACCGGUUUCUUACUAGUGCGAGCUGGUACAAUGUUUGUAACUAUUUUCCUACUACCAACUGAACCGUAACACUGGAAAAAUAAUUGGUAAUGUGUUUUGAGGUGGAAGUGUGCACGGAAAAUGAAGGGGUAUAUCAAUUUAAUUGCAGGUUUCAAUUCCAAAAGAGUUUUAGAUUACUGUUUAAUUCCGUAUUUAGUGGAGUUAGAUUUAGUUGGCUUCCAAACUUCAAUGGAAAAUUUUCUGGUUCUUUUUCCUUAGCUUCAAAAAUUCGAUGGAAAAUUUUCUGGUUUCUGGUGAAUAACACCAAAACAAAUUAACAGAAUAUAGAAGUAUUUCUUCGCUAGAAAAUGAUUGUAUAUUAAAGUUCAGCAUAAAUUGAACCAUUCAUUUGGUUCAGUUGCAAAUACAGUCCUGGAAAUGAAACACUUCAAACGAUUUGUUUUAGUCUUGUUCAUUCACUUAUUUCGUACAAUGUUAGUACAUUUUCGUUUAUCAAUAAUUAUGUUUAAAUAUGCAACUUUUAGGGUAAAUUAUUUUAACAACGAAAUAAUGAUUGUUUUUUUGCAUACCUUCGGGCGCUCUGACAGUAACAGGGAACAGGGAGUAAUUUACGCCUAAAUGUAGGCUACAAAUAUUUUUGUUUCUGGUUAUUCAAAACAUUUUGUUUUUGCAGUUUUAUUUCAAAAAUGGUCUUUAGCAUUGAACAUGUCGAUUAAAUUGCUCUACAAAGAUUAAAAAAAACUUGUUUGUUGUAAAUUUUUAAAUUGAAAUAGACCUAUUUUUACAUUCCAGCUACCUUACUCUGAAUUAAAGCAUUUUCUUACCAUGUUUUAAGCAGUAAUAAUGAUAACGGCACUGGGACAAUACAAUCCUCCUCGGCCCGAUGGGAAACAGAAAAGUGAAAAUUCAUCGGGACGCGCUUUUAAUCUUAUCACUCGCAGCUCCGCACACCAAAUCAACGUACUCGCGCCAAGAAAAGAUCACACCGCAUGGAGCGGGUGGAGUUGUAAUUUAAUUCCAUGGCCUAAUUCCAAGAUAAAGACAUCAGGGCCUGUGCUUUCAUAUUCGUUAUUUUUUUUUGUUUUCGAGCUCCUUCCUGUUGCUCUAGCUGCUUAGCUGCCCAAGCAAACUCUCCCCUCAAAGUGGACAAACCGUGGUUUCGCUGCUGCCACGAUAGUUCCCCUGAGAAAGGAAAGUGCAGGAUGGUGGUGGUGAGUUGCUUUCCUUCCUUGCCCAGAGCUGCUUUUAUUUCCAUUUUUCUUUUGCGCUUCUGCGUUUUCUGCUGACGUGGACAGAUCUUUGAGCUAGCUUUAUUUUAGCAUUAAGCUAGCUUCCGUCCAUUUCCCGCACAUCAGUUUUGUUUGUUCUCCAUUUGUGUACGCGCGCGCACGGCGGUGAAAGACUUUGACGUGGCAGAAUUCGGAAAGCGAAACCGAAUAUUUUCACCGUUUUUUUUUUAUUACACCACAAUGAUAAGAACAUUUGGACGAGAGGAAUUAACCACAGCAACAAAAAAAAAACACUCCAGGGAAGGAACGUUUGCAUAGGGCGGUGAAGGGAACGAUGAGGUGGUUUGUGAUGCUAAAAAGAAGGGGACAACAAACCUUGAAGGCUUUUCUGAGUUUUCUUCUGAAAAUGCGGAAAUGGCAUAAGAUAUUCUAAUUUUGUUUAAUUUAAUAUUUAGACCAUUUUGUGGUGAUUCUUUUAUCUCUUUCGUAUUCUCUCUGAGAUGCCUUUUGAAGCGAUGCUAUCGAAGAAGAGGCAUGAAUUUGGUUUGACAAACAGCAUUGCCGAAUUUUGGCUCUAUGUCAAAUAUUAAAUUGUACUGAAAAAAAAUCAAAUCAUUUGAAAUAUAAAUGUUAUAAACAUUUUGAUAAAAAAAAACCAUCGUUAACCAUCAAAUAAAACAUGCUGUGUGUGCAUUUAGGCGCUCCAAAUUCAACAAAUAACUUACUCAUUUUGUAUACAUGUAGACAAAAAAGAAACAUUACGGUUACUUUAAAAAAGGAACAUCACAUUUAAAAAUUGCAUUUGAAGACAUUUUCAAAUCUAUUCUUUAUUUUUGUAACUAAAAAAAUUUCAAAAAGCGAAGCCCAUAACAUUAUUACUGAUAUGGUCUUCCAUAGCGCCUAAAGGUAUGCAAUAUGUUAUUUUACUCUUGGUUUGUUAUACUUAGUAAAGGUGCAGGAUUUGUAAGAAGUAAUAUACGUACACUGGUGGACAUAAAAAUAGGAAAAAAAUUUUGGAUGUGGAAUAAAGGAUGUGCAAGUUCUACCGAGGCCUGCGUUGAGUCCUGACCUCAACCCGAUUGAAAAUCUGUGGUCAACUCGCAAGCAUCAGCUAAAGAACCAGCCUGCACGUUCAGCCGAUGAUCUAUGGACACGCUGCAAGGUUAUGUGGAAACGCAUACCCAGAAGCGAAUGCCGUAAGCUCAUCGGCGAUAUGGCCAAACGCUGUCAGGAAGUGAUAGCGAUUAACGGUCACCACAUUGACCGUUAGAAUGUGUUCUCGCUCUGUGGAACACCGCAACACCUCCUCCCAACAACCACUUAAACAGUCCUUUUCAGGGCUACCAAAUAUUUCUGACAAGAACUAUGUCUUUCGGUCACAGAAAAAAGUUCCUAUUUUUAUGUCCACCAGUGUACC